GAAAGCUCAGCGUUUUUGUACCGCCCUCACAGACACGUUGCCUUGGGAGAAGUAACACGGGGCCACACAACUGCAGGUCUACAUCACUAAAACCACGUACACCUCAUCAGAUUCUCGAUCAAGUUGCCUGUGGAUAUACUUAUUGAAAACAAAGGAUAGAGUGACUAUUCGUCCUCUCUGGCUUGAGGUCAGUGAUGGUCUGUGCUGGUUAGACCUUGCAUCAUAAGAUGUCAGCUUCAGAUUCGGACUAUUCCAUUGACUGGCUGGCUAGUGACGAUGAGGACCAUGAUAGCGAUUUAGAAUCAGACUGUACCACAACACAGGGACAAACUACCAUACCAAAAUUCCCCUCCCCAGGGGUUAUCCAGCUGCCCCAGACUUACCAGACACUCUCAACAAGGAAUGGAGAUAAAGGUGAGGUGAUGGACAAUAAAAGCUUGAGCUCACAGGGAAGUUUUUCUUCCAGCUGUGAUAGUUCUGACUACAUCAAGGAUGGUGGCUGUUUUCUCCUGGGACAAGAGAAUCAAACAAAUUACAGAGGGUGCCCUGAGAGCCCUAUAGCCAAAAAUAGACAGGCACUGAAGAGAACACGGAGUUUCAUGGUGCUGGAGCAAAGGGAGAGGCUGCUUACACCUGAACAAAUGGAGAAAGACAGACUGUUUGCAUGCAAGUGUCUGGAGCUGCAGUGUUAUAUUCACCCACUGUCCUCAAUCCUUAAUGGUCUCCGCUCAGGCAGAUACAGAGAACGCCUCAGCACUUUUCAAGAGAGUGUGGCCAUGGACCGCAUCCAGAGGAUAAUGGGGGUCCUGCAAAAUCCUUACAUGGGAGAGAGAUAUGUCAGUAUCAUUCUGAAAAUGGAGGAAAUGUUGAAAAGUUGGUUCCCUAAUAUAAAACCUCAACGAAAUGACCAAGCCAAUACUGCAGUGCUGAUGGAGGAGACAACACCAUGUAAGAAAUCCAAGUUGUCUCCAGCUACAUCACCCCUGCUCACUGGAAUUGCAAACCCUGCAACCACAAGUGCCCUUUCUAUGGGUAACAAGGCAGUGAGAGUCUGCCAUCUCACUCCCCCUGGGCCCUACUCUACAACCAACCUAAAAUGGCUUCACACAUCUCCUAUAAGCUCCCCAACUGCUAAACAGGCUCAGGGGACUGUUCAGAACUGUCUAACAGCCCACAAGGACAGGGACAUGACACAAGACAAUUCUGUGUCCUCCAGCACAGACCACCUGUGUAAGACCAAGUCUGCUGCCAGUCAACACCCUCCAGCCAAGAUCAAUGCACCAUGCCUUGAGAGACUUCUUAAAUCCACAGAAAGUAUCAUUACCCAGAAAGGCGCAAUGAGUUUAGGUGACAUGGCCAGUGCAUGGUCUUAGUGCUGUGUGAGGGCUCUGGGAGCUCAGACCCUAGCUAGAGCAUGACUGCCCCCAGCUGGUCUAGAAUCAUCCAACUACAGCUAAGUUGCUGCCUCCAUUCUAGCUUUGGGAAGCAGUGCAGAAUGCAGCAGAUGGAGAGCAUAGCUCUUCAAAACAGUGAAACAGUGUGAGUGAGAGUGUGAUCUUUGUUUGUCUGAUGUGUACGUCAGCAUUUAUCCCCUUCUGUUAGACUGCAGAGUGAGUUGUAGUUGUUUAUGUGUCUGCGCAUGUGUUGGGACAGGAGGUGUAGGAAGGUUUUGUGACCUCGUCUCCCCUUCAUACUUUUUCAGAUGGUUUUCUCUUGAAGCAAAGAAUGAGGAAAAUUCUCCUCUGGAGGCUGGUGUAUGUAAAAACAAAUCUCUAGGGAAAAAAGUAAAGCAGCCUUUUUCUUCAGAAAGGGAAGAGAGAAAGGAGGGAUAUUUUUCUGGGAACACUUCAGAUAUUCCAGUGUGUUAGUAGUCUCUAUUGUAGAUGUGGUUAAAUGUGAAUUUAUUGCUUUAGUUUGCUUUUUAAAUCCACUCUAUAGAGUUGAUUUGAUGUGACUGUUACUUCAUAGGUUUAAAAUUCUAGCUAUGUUUUUGGUACAACAGUUCUACCUCAGUCUGACACAGUGCCCACCAUGAUGUAUGGAUACUGUAUGAACGUACAUGCACACAAGUAGACACAGAGUAAUGAAAUGACUCAAAGUGCAUAAUUUCAGUAAGUAAAACUUGCUUGUCAUCUCAAAGAAAUAUUGGAGGCUCACCUUACAAGAUAAAGCUCCAGAGGCUUGACUGGUGCCAUUAUAAAGAUUGUGAUCUGCAUUUUUUAAAGCCUCCCAGUUUAAGGGCAUAUAGUGCCUGUCAAUUCGAUGUCAAACUGUGCCUCAUCACUGGUUUUUGAAGGGAGAGCUUAAACCAUCCAGAAAUCCUGAUGCCUCUAAAUGAUGUACAAAAAUAAAAUCAGGAACCUUUAAAACUCCUGCCAUUUAUUUUCUUCUCUUAAGUUAAAUUAUUUGAAACUCUUGCCAACUGCUUUCUGUGGUCAUGUGAGACAAAGACAUUUUGGUUUCCCACAGACCUGGAUGAUAUCUAUGAGGGAAAAGGAAGUAACUGUGUACAUAUUUGAAAAAGUAGUUAAUUGACCCUUGCAAAGUGGCCUUUGUAGUGUAAUAUUUUAUACUAUCAAAAUAAAUGUGAUUAUAUUUGUU